AUGGCUUUGACGGAGGCAUACAACACCUUCAGAAAGGCCAUCUGCACCGCACCCCCUGCAGAUGCAUACUUCAGAUGGGACGCACCAGGUGUCGAAUCCUCGAAGCCCAAUGAAGAAGACACAUCACGCAAAAUUGGCGAAACAAUGAACAAGAUGCAACAGCACAACUUCGACAAGCAUCGGCAUACAUACCGCGCGACUCAUGUCAAGAUGCAAGGUAUUGUCAAAAGAAAACUCACGGUCCUGCCUGACCUUUCAAAACAUCUCCAGCACAGCCUCUUCAAAGAACCGGGGAAGACGUACGACGUUGCAGCUCGCUACGCAAAUGAGCCAGUCUUCCUUCAAGCAGACCAAGACCCGGGGCUGCGCGGUCUAUCUAUGAGGGUAUUCGAUGUUUGA